AUGUUAGGGGAGCUUCGAUCUUGCUUGAGAUUAUUCAAACUGACUCCAACUGUGGGCUGUCCCGUCACUAGGUCAUUUUCCAAGAGUGACUGUGACACAUCUGAGCAAGAAACUCAACCGAGUUUCAGAAAAAGGUUUUACAAAAGUAUUAUAAUCCAUGUGUAA